UGCGAAAUAUGCUUUCAUAUUUAAAGGUGACUUAAUAGAUGAAGACAAGGCUUUAAAAUGGCUUAUUGAAAACAAACAGAAAAAGGAUGAUGUUAUUGAGUAUGUUGAUAAAAAGAUGUUGGAUGUUCUUUUGGAUGACGUUGAUCACAUAGUAGUUUAUUUCUAUGAAAAAGGGUGCUCUGAAUGUGAGGUUAUUAUUCAUGAGCUAGAAAAAAUUGAUGAUGAUACUGAUCGCCAUGGGAUACAUUUUGUGAAAACGGAUGACGUGAGACUUGCUGAAGAACUUGGUGUCAUUGAAUUUCCAAGCCUUGUUUACUUUGAGCAUCAAAUACCGAGCAUAUUUGCAGGUGAUAUGAUGAAUUCAGAUGGAGUUUUAGAGUGGCUUAUGAAACCAAAAAAUGAAGAUACUAUAGAAAACAUCAAUCGAGAAAUGUUAUUCAAAUUAAUUGAAGAUCAGGAAUUUCUUGCUGUAUUUUUCUAUGCAGAAAAUGACAAAGAAAGUGAAGAUGUUGCUCAUCACUUGGAAAAAAUAGAUGACGACUGUAGUGAAUAUGAUGUGCAUCUUGUUAAGAUGUCUGAUAAGCUGAUGGCUAAAAAGCAUGGGAUAAAAAAUCCUCCUGGUCUCAUUUUCUUUCGAAAUGGGAAUCCUCUUAAAUAUCAAGGAAAACUAAAAGAUGAGGAUGAAGUGUUAGAAUUUCUUACUAGUCCAGAAAAUAUGGCUGUUAGUGAUAUCAUUGAAAAAGUUAAUAGAAGGACUCUUGAAAGAGUUCUGCAGAGAUUUGAUUAUGUUGCAGUUUUCUUUUAUGCAAAAGCUGGCUGCAAAACUUGUCCCAAAGUAUUAGAAGAACUAGAGAAAAUAGAUGAUGAAGCUGAAGCCGAAGGAAUUCAUGUGGUGAAAAUUGAUGAUAGUAGCUUUGCCAAAAAAUAUGGAGUAUUUGCAUUUCCUGCCAUUCUGUUUUUCCGAGGACCUGACUCUGAGCCCAUUAUUUAUGCAGGUGACAUCAAAAGUGGUGAAAGAAUGCUUGACUGGAUGCUUACUCAGAAAGAUCCAAGUGCAGAUGUUAUUGAGGAAAUGGAAGGCGAUGAUUUGCGGAAUUUGAUAGAGACUGCUGACCAUUUAGCUGUCUUUUUCUAUGAUAAAAAUUUGUGUUCUAAUUGUGACAAUGAAAAUAUUGAUACUAUGGAAUGUGAAGACUGCCAAAUCAUUAUGGAUGAACUUGAAAACAUAGAUGAUGAUACUGACAGAAAUGGUAUUCAGUUUGUCAAGACAACUGAUCUAAGUGUUGCAAAGCACUAUGGAAUCAAACUAACUCCUGCAUUAGUUUAUUAUGAAAACCAAGCCCCAAGCAUUUAUGAAGGUGACCUAGCUGCUGAGGAUGAGGUUCUUGAAUGGCUAUUGCAUCAAAAAUCUGAUGAUACAAUUGAAACUGUGAACAAAGCUAUGCUGGAAAAAUUGAUUGAGGAAUCCCAGUAUUUAGCUGUUUUCUUUUAUAAACCUCAUUGUCGUGCUUGCGAAGUUGCACUUCUUGAAUUAGAAAAUAUCGAUGAUGAUACUGAUUUGUACGGAAUAAGUGUUGUAAGAAUAUAUGAUACUCAAGUAUCUAAGCGUUAUGGCAUCAAAACAUUCCCUGCUCUAGUUUACUUUAGAAAUGGAAAUCCUUUAGUUUAUGAUGGCGACUUAAAAAAUGAAGAAUCAGUCCUUGAAUGGCUUAUAGAUGAUGAUAAUCGUGAAUUGCCUGAUGAAAUUGAGACAGUUAACCUGAGAAUGUUGAAUAAACUGGUAGAAGAGUCACCAUUUUUAGCUGUUUAUUUCUAUAAAACUGACUGCCAUGAAUGUGAAAGGGUUCUGAUGGAACUCGAAAAUAUCGAUGACGAAUGUGAUAUCUUCGGUAUUGAUCUCGUUAAGAUUUUUGAUCCUGAAGCAGCAAAGCAGUACAAUGUUGAAAAUCUUCCUGCUGUAGCCUUUUUCAGAAAACAAGUAGCUGUGUUCUAUGAUGGAGAUUUGUAUGAUGAAGAAGCUCUCCUUAAGUGGCUAACAAGCAAUGAUGUGUUUGAAAUUCAAGAUGAAAUUGAAGAAGUUAAUAGAAAGAUGCUGGAGAAGCUUUUAGAGGACAAUGAGUUUGUUGCAGUGUUCUUUUAUGAAAACAAUUGUCCAAAAUGUGAUGAAGCUCUACAAGAACUUGAACGCAUUGAUGAUGAAGCAGAUGAUCUCGAAAUAAUGUUUGUCAAAAUUAAAGAUCCUCGUUAUGCUAAAAAGUAUGGAAUUGCACAACUUCCAGCUCUUGUCUAUUUUAGAAAGAAAUUCCCUUCAAUAUAUAGAGGGAAUCUGCUUGAAGAAGAGGAAGUUCUAGAAUGGUUAAGGAAAAAUCGUUAUCGUCAUCCAGAGCUUAAUCUGUUUAUGUACGGUCUAGCAGCUAUUAGUUUAAGUUUUGUUAUAUACACAAUAUUUUUAAUGUAUUGUUUUAAUAAAAGUAAGGACAAGAAAGAAUAAUUUAUUUUCAAAUAUGGAAGUAUUACAGAAUAUUUUGCUGUGCCUCAAGAAAAUAAGUGAAAUGGACUCAAAGGGAGAAAAAAAAAAAAAACCUUUCAACUUCUUGUUUUGUUUUUGUUUUAGCAAAAGAGGAUAACUUUUGUUUUAUGCUUAGAACACUACCCAGCUUAACUCACUAUGCUUAUUACUGUUGCUUGUCUGUCCACAAUAUGAAGUAUAUAAUUAUUUAAGUUACUGAAAAUUCUGUAUAAAAUUUGUAAACUUUAUUUAUGCAUAUCCAGUAUCACUUCAUAUUUUUUUAUUUAGGCAAAUUAUUAAAAGCAUAAAUAUGGAGUGUAUUUUGCUUUGAAAAUAUUUUAUUUAAGUCAAAAUAUACAAAAUUUUUGUACAGUUUGUUUCACUAUUAAAAAUUCUUGUCCACAUCUUUUUUUCUGUAUGCAGUUAUUUUUUUUCUAUUUUUAUCUGAAUUUAAGAAAAGAGCUAAAAAAUUUUUGCAUCAGUUUGAAAGCACUUUGUAGCCCUGAAAUUAUGCCAGUACUUUAAAAUGUAAAAAAAAAAAAAAAAAAGAAAAAGAAAAGUAUUCUAUAACUUUCCUAUUUUUAUCAUUAUUUUUGCUUAUAACUUGCAUGCUUUUAUCCCACAAAUCAAUUUUAUAUUAAGGACAAUUAUUUCUCUCAGAUCGACAACAGAACUACAGCAUCAUAACAGUGUUGCUGAAAAUAUUUGCUCAAAAUUAAAGUGUAGCAUUUAUGUGUUUUCUGUGUUUGCAUAUAUAUGUGUUGUGAUUUGCAUUUCUUUGAAGAGCUUGUAAUCGAAACAGUUAUAUUCUUCACAACAUUGUAUGAGCAAUGUUCUUGUCCAUAAAGAGGUAUAUGUGCUGUUUUAUUACCAAUCAUUUUUGUUAGACUUGAUUUAAAAUAUUAGUUAUUUAAUUUAUUAUUUAAUUUUAAUUCUGUGUAAUAAUAAGUAAGUACGCUAAAAGAACGUAUUGUAAACAUAUUUCUGUUAUUAAAAAUUAUAUUUGUCUAAGUCUAUAUGUUGCGUAUAAUUAUAUUGUGAAGUAAUCUGUUAAAAUAGUUUCAGAUCUGUGUUAAUGAUUCAUUAUAGCUUCUAUGUACACUGUUCAGUAUUUGUGUGCUGAAUUAGUCAGUGCUCCUGUUUUGUGAUUUCUAAUUGCCCAUCACUCUUGCAUUUGAUCAUAAUAAAGUAAAAUGUUAGUGCUUUCAAAGCACUUUUGCUCAUCAGUAUCGGAGAAUUUAAUGUGAAGAAAACUUGAUCAAUCAUAUUAGCCAUAAUACAUUAAAAAAUUAAAAGCCCUGGCUUGAGUUAUGAAGUUAUAAAAAACUCAUUUUAUUUUUCACAGCCCAAAAGCUGCCAAUACAUAUGGUCUCACUUUCAUCAACUAGCUUGUGAUUUAUCAAGGUGCAUCAUCGUUUUGUGCUUUGUCAGCUGUAUGUUGCUGUAGGAUUGUUGUCAAUAAAUUGUUAAAUUUAACAGUAAAUGAAAUGAAAUGUAUGCAUCUCAUCUGCUUAUGUCAUUUCAUUGUUUUGUGUUCAUGUUCCACUGUAUUUGUACAUUGCUGUUUCCAUAACUUUUAUGUUAAUAAAAUAUGCACUUGAUAUCAA